CGGAGGCGUGCGCUUCAUCGCCAUUUUGUAUGGCUGCCGGGCGGGCAUACGCCUGUUUCCGGAUUGAAGGCUCCGGACCUGAGAAAGGGGGAGUGCGCGUUGUGGGUUUAUGAGUGAUCAAACAUUCUUUUUACACUAAGCCAGAAGGGAGUGGAGCAAAGAUGCCAAUACCGCCACCUCCUCCACCUGGACCUCCUCCACCUCCAACUUUCAAUCAGGCAAACACAGAAGCACCAAAAUUGAGCAGAGAUGAGCAGCGAGGGAGAAAUGCUCUGCUACAAGACAUUUGUAAAGGGGCCCAAUUGAAAAAAGUGGCUCAAGUUAAUGAUCGCAGUGCGCCUAUCCUUGAAAAAUCCAAGAGUGGCAGCAGCUAUAAUUCUACUACAUCUCCCCUUUCGACAAAGGUGGGCCUUUUCCAAGGUGGUAUCCCCAAACUACGACCCAUGGGAGUAAAAGAGAGUUCAGACAACUCCUCUGGGAAGGUACUACAUCAGGGUCCUGGGGGUAGAUCAGCUGCACCCCGGCCUCCCGUGUGUGCUAUCAGCACCCGACCCCAAGAUGACACUGAAAAUAGCCGAGCUUCUCCCCCAGAGCUUCCACGCAUGCAGAGACCUUCAUUGCCAGAUCUUUCACGGCCAAACAGUGCUAGUGGCACUGGUAUGAAGCACAGCUCUUCAGCUCCCCCACCACCACCUCCUGGACGGCGAGCCAAUGCUCCUCUUGCUCCACAUUCUAUGCAUAAUAGCAAAGCACCUUCCUACAACCGUGAGAAGCCAUUGCCACCAACUCCAGGUCAAAGGCUUCCAGGAAAUCGUGAUGGACCACCAGCUCCUCCUCCCAUCAAGCCACCCCCAUCCCCAAUAAAUAUCCGGUCAGGACCAAGCAGUCAGAACCAAUCCUUGGUACCCCCUCCCCCACCUUACCGACAGCCUCCUGGUGUCCCUAAUGGCCCUGCCAGCCCUAUUAAUGAAUCUGCUCCUGAGCUUCCCCAGAGACACAAUUCCUUACAUAGAAAGGCACCUGGUCCAGGGAGGGGUAUGGCACCUCCCCCUCCUCCUUCAGCAUCUCCUUCCUUACAAAAUAGUCGCCCCCCACCUCCUGCCCGUGAUCCACCAAGCCGAGGUGCAGCUCCACCACCACCACCACCCAUGAUACGAAAUGGUGGAAGAGAUGCACCUCCACCACCUCCACCCUACAGAACACAUGGGUCUUCAGAUCCCAUGAACCGUGGAAAACCACCCCCUCCUCCUACCAGAACACCAGUUGGACCACCCCCUCCUCCCCCACCAAUGAGAAAUGGACAUCGGGACUCUAUCUCUACAGUUAGGUCUUAUUUGGAUGACUUUGAAUCCAAAUACUCUUUUCAUCCAGUUGAAGAUUUCCCAGCUCCAGAAGAAUUCAAAUAUUUCCAGAGAAUUUAUCCCAGCAAAACUAACAGAGCUACUCGUGGGGCCCCUCCUCUGCCUCCUGUCCCUAGGUGAAAAACAACAAAUGAGCAUUUUUGCUUAGCACCAAAACAAAUAAGACUUGUUCUUAAAUUCUCUCCCCGCCUCCAAAAAAAUCAUUCCUUAAAAAUCUGCAUGAAAAAUACAUUCCUACUUUUUUUUUUAAUUGCAAGAACCUGGAUGGACUUAUCAUUACUCAACUUUGUCUAUGCAUUUCAUUCCCUGAUAUAAAAAGGCAUCUGUGGGCAUAGCCAGGUGAGAAUAUUCCUGCAGAUCAAUACUAAUUUCCUACCUUUCCUGCUGUCUUUGCCACGAAGGGGGGGAAACCCCACUUCAUAAACACUACAGUUCAAGAACAAGGGAAGAGUGAAUGUUUCCCAGGAAAGAAAACCAAACAGAACAACAAAACUGUGGGCCAAGUUGAAGCAGUUAUUUAUAGAUGUUAGUUUGUCAUAAGGAAGGAAAUUGUAUGGAUUAGGAAACAUUCAUUUUUUUUAGAGGGUUGUGCUAUGAAAAGAAUUGAAAUGGCUGCUUCAUUUUUCAUUGCAGGCACUACAUACUCAAUUAUUAAACUUUGUAACUUAAAGCAGGAACUAAAUGGCAUGUCUUAAAGACAGUUUAAAAAUUGAUGAAGCUGCAUAAGAGUAGCAGUAUCUGUAGAAGUGCACCAACAAAAGGGGCGAGUAAAGCAGUUACCAUGCUAUGUUUUGGCAGAGUUCUCGUCCUGCAGAUCUGGACUCAUAAUCUUUGAUUGUCAGUUUCUCCAAAAGAUAGCUGGCAUCCUAAAUGAAGCUUCUCAAAAUGGGAUUGUGUUUCUACAGAAUAAAAAAUACCAUUGUAGAGAUGAACAGAUUGUAAAGUCUAAUAGCCAUCAUUGAUAUCUGUGUUGUAUUAAAAAAAGGCAUGACUGAUAUUGAGGCAGUAGCACCCCUUAAAGUAAAAAGAACAAUGUCCUGACAAGCACUGGGGAUGAAGAACUAUUUUAUAGCAAACUAGUUGCAAUACAAUGCUGGCCAUAGAUAAUACACUGAAGAUGCUACACCAGUAUAGAACAAAAUAUAUAUUAGGUUCCAACUUGUUAGAAGAAUUCCUAAUGCUUGAAUGUCCUGUGUCUUCAGAAGAUCCAUCUUGCUCUCAUUAACAGAAAUGCCCAACUUCAUUGUCUUAUCCUAUGAAUAUCUUUCAGACAUAAUCAGUCUUGAGAAUGUAACCAUCUAUUGCUGAGGGAUGGCAAAAGAAUGAGAAGUAUUCUAUUUUUUUCUGAGAAGUGGAUGGGCCCUGGCUACUACCUAUCCCAAGAAGAGCGUCACUGACUGACUGAAGGUCCCAUUGGCAUACAUUCCGGUCUAGUAAUGGGGAACAUACCUUUGAUGGCAGACUUCCAGUUACAGUUUUUAAAUGACACACCAUUUUGUUCUAGCUCAAAGCUGAUCUUUAGUGGUUAGUACCUACUUCAAUGAAACAACUUUGAAAGUGAUAGAAACUGGUGAAAUCCCUUCAUAUUUUAUUUUUGCUGGUUGUACACAAUUGACAAAGUUUUCUGUGGUUCUUGCACAGACAUUUUUAUGAGGUGGAGGGUUGUCAGUCAUGUUUGUGACUUUUAGGAUGGUUGUUAAAUCCUUUGCAAGAGUGCCACUAAUUCCAGCUAGGUCUCUUAGUGGCGUCAUAAGAAAUUUGAUAUGCUGGCCUUGUCUCUGAGAUCAAAGGAGGCAUUUACAUUUGGUGUUUUCCAAUAUCAGAAAAAGGCCAAGUAUGGAUUGCACAUCUGCUUCUCAACCCAGUAGUUUACACUGCUGAAGAGUCCCCUAUGGGGAUGCAUCUCUCCCUCUCCCUCUCCAUCUCUCUCCAUAUAAAUCUGUUGGAAAGCAUAUUCUAGCAGUAGAAAUGCCCAAUUCUGGACUAGACACCACUAAGCAGACUGAAGCAGAAGCAAAAUUUUCCUCUCAUCUUAUCUCAUGCUCUGGUGGUUGUAACAUCAAGCCUAGAUUGCUUGUUGAUGUUUUGCCUUAUACAGUAGUUCUGUUAUGUGAUUGGUACCAGAUUUAUUAUAAUUAUUGUGUGUGUUUACUCUUAAAAAUGUGGCGUUGGAAAAUUUGUGUUACAAUGAUAAAUAUUGAUCUAUUUUGUAUGUUGUAAAAAAAUUUGUAGGCUUGCUAGCCAUACACUACAAAAAUUCCUUUACCACCUACUUUUUUUUUUUUUUUUAAUGAUGAUGGAAAUUUGUCUGCUUUUAAGUUAAUGACUGGGCAGUCUCUCAUGUUGAGGGACUAAUGCUUGGUCAGAGGAAUUUCUUUUUUUCUUCUGGAAGAAAAUUAAAAUCUUAUCCAGCAUAACUCGCUGGGAAGAGAAGUUAAAUGCACUGUGCAUUUUGGGGAAGGGUAUUUUUUUUUUAUUAUUAUGUUCUGUAUAGUGUUGGCUUCCAGUAAGUAUAUCCUUUAGGAAGCACUGUGAAGGGGGUUCUUAAGCUUGAAAUGGCAGUCAAAUGGAAACUGAAUACAAGAGGCAUAGGGUCAUACUUGCAUGUUAAAGCGCUGCUUUAUUUCUUCUUGUUGCCUCUUGCCCAUACUCCUCCCUGGGCCAAGCUAUUUGGUGGUUUAAUUACGUAAGUGGACAAGAUGUAUUUGCUUUUCCUUACUAAGGCAAGAGUUUUGUACAAGGUGAAUUUAAACACAUACAUUUUCAUACACAUUCUGAAAACAUUCAGAGAAACCAUAUAUUUCCAGCUAGCAUUACCAAGGUAAAAAUCUUAAUUCUCUUAUAAAUCAGUUUCACCAGUCUAGUGCCCUCCCUCCCAUUUGUGUUGUUUGCAACAUCCAAUAAUUCUAGCCAAGAAUUUGUUAAAUGAUGGCAAUUGUAGUCUAUCAUCUGUGAGAUCCAUCUUAAGGGAGACAGCCUUUUGUCGAUUUUGAACUUACACAGUCUUCCUUGCUCAAAAAAUCUGUUUGUAUCUGGAAAACUAAAUUUGUGGCUUGUCAGUCUUCAUCCCAGUCUUCUUUCUUACUUGCUAUUGUUUUAGUGCAACUUAAAGUAGAAUAUUAAGAUACGUUUUACACUCUUUUCUUACCUCUAUUUUUAAGGAUGGUAUAGGACAAAGUAUAUACUUUUAUUCUUCACAGUGUAUCUGACCUUUUCUCAAGAUCUGAAAUGAUCAAAAUGUCAAUUCAGUAAUAUCUAGUUUCUUUAGCUGAUCCAGGAAUUUUUAAAAGUUUUAUCUGUUUGAUUUCUUGAGGCAAUUCUAUAGUUUUAUAUUGUAUAUCAACAAAUAAGCCCAUACAAUGAAGAUUUGAAAAUCUCUAUAUGUACAAGAGAUACACAGUGAUGCUGUGAAGGCUAAUUACAUCUACCAGUACAAAAACAGGAACCAUUGCAAAGAACUGUGUGUCAUGCUAUCCUGUAAUUGUAAGUUUCAGAUGUUGCGAACAUGAGUUUUAAGAAUUGGGAUUUUCUCUUAUUCUUUAAGGUUUAGGAGAAGGCCUUUGUAGCUUUUUAACUCUCGCCAUAAUUAGCAGAUUUUAUGCAACCCUUCUCGUUGAAAUAUAUCAAUUUUUCACUGCAGCUGUGCAAAUAUGCCAAGGAAAAGGCUUUUAUAAGGGGUGUAAUGUUUAUUUUCUUUAACAGCAAAUGCUUCAAGCUUCAUUCAUGGUGCCUUAUCCUUAAAUGGCUCCCAAUGCAGUUUUGUGUCUGUGCAUGCACACAAAUUUGGGUAUUGCAAUCUUCAUGCACACAGUGUCUGCUCAGCAGUUUCAUUUCUAUUUACUGCAGAAACACUACUGAGUAAUUCCUGUAGUUUCAAGAACCAGAAUUUUAGUCUGUUGCAUUGCUGCUUUGGUUUUAAAUCUGAUUUUUCCCUUUCGCAGAAAAUGUCCUUUUGGAGUUUUUUCUUUGCAAGUGUUUCAAGUAAAUUUGUUUAGUUUGUUGGUGGUGAAAGAAUUCUUGAGUCCAUUGCAAGGGCACAUGUGGACUUGUUUUAAAGACAAAAAUUCUUACAUUACAGGACUUGCAUGUAAUAUUCUUUCAUAAUUUUAUUGCCCUUAUUAAAUAACUGAGAACUCUCGAUGUGGCAUUAGGAGGAGUUUCAUUUUUAAGUCAUUUUGAUAACUUUCACAUUAAACAGUCAAAUACUUCACAUUCACCUAAAUUCCAAAGACUGUGACAUAUGAUGAUAAGUAUACUGUAGAUCAGUGUUUCUCAACCUUGGCAAAGAUAUGUGGACUUCAACUCUUAGAAAGCCGGCCGGCUGGUUGGGAACUGGAAUGCACUCAUCUUCAAAUUGCCAAGAUUGAGAAACAGUGCUGCAGAUCAUUUUCCUAUAUUUUUAAAAAAUAUAAAAAGUUUUUUUUUUAAAUUGCUCUCUCCUAGUGGGAUCUUUCAAGAACUGUUGCUUCUCAGUUUUCUUUUUCAUUUGCAGGGGACAAUAAUUACUGUAUCAAUCAAUAGGAAGGAUGGCUAUACAACUUCCUCACAAAGUUAAAAGUUAUUGCUCAUUUGGGCAGUGCAUAAUGCUCCCAGUACAAUACAAUUACAUAGCUCUGAACGGGAAGAUCAUUCCCUCUUUCUCUUCAAUCUGUACCAUUAAUCAGCAUCUUAGUUUUAACAUGCAGAUCAAUCAUGUUCCCUAUAGUUGAGAUGAGAAUAGCCUGUGAAGAUAGCGUAUGCUGAAAGGUUGGUUUCAGGGGAGGAGAAAAGUAUACUACUUUUAUUUCAUAGUGGCUAUGUUGGAUAAUGCCUCCUCUUUUAAUAUUUCACUACUUCAUAAGACACUGUAUCUGAACCACAGAAGUGGUGCUGUCUCUUAUUAAAAUUGUAGCUGCAUUGACUGAUGCAGAAGUAAGUCUGUGUCCAUGAUCUAAUAAAUUAAUCAAAUACAAA